UUUAAAUUAUCUCAUUUCAGUUAACUAGAGUUGAGAACUAUUCUAUCUGGUUUAGGUCAAUGAAAAUUGACUUAUUGGGUAGGAAUAAAUUUGGGUUGAUUUAUGGGUCGUGUAAGAAGCGAGAUUUUCCAGUAUUAGAAGGUAAUUGGGAAAGAGUGAAUGUCAUUGUCUUGUCAUGGAUUAUGAAUUUUGUGUCUAAGAGUCUCUUAGGAGGUAUAAUAUAUGCCUUGAGUGCUAAAGUUGUCUGGGAUUAUCUGUAUGAAAGGUUUAAUAAAAUGAAUGGUUCAAGGACAUCCAAUCUUCAUAAAGAAAUUGCAACCUUGAGUUAGGGUACGAGUUCAGAGUCAAUGUACUACUCUAAGCUCAAGGGUAUAUGGGAGGAUUUUGAAGAAUACCACUUACAUCUACAAAAACUGAAGUUGUUUCAGUUUCUCAUAGGGUUGAAUGAUUCAUAUUUGCAAGCAAGAUUCAAAUUCCGAUGAUGAGUCCAGUACCUAGUGUUAAUCAAGCUUACUCUAUGAUUCUUAGUGAUGAAAUCCAAAAGUCAGUUAUGGAAAAUGCUGGAGUAUUGGGUGCUGGUCCUGCAAACUUACAGGGUAUGCAGGGACAAUUUGAUGCUGUGAUGUACUAAAAUACAAAUGAGAAUCAACAAAGAUUCAAGAAAAACUAUAAUAUGUUCUGUGACUUCUGUAAAAUGAAGGGUCAUACAAGAGAAACUUGUUACAAGAUUAUUGGUUAUCCACAAGAUUCCAAGUUCAAAAAGAAAGGAAGAAAUAGUUCUGCCUACAAUAUGGUUGCUGAAACAGAUAAGACAAGUGGUGAACUGCAGUUAAAUCAAGAUACAAGUUCAAAUAACUAUGGAUAUAUAGGAAAGGGACAAAUGAUGUAUGAUUCAGGUCUGAAUUCAGGGAUCAAGUCUCCUCAGUCUCAAAAAGAUUCUCUGGAGUCGUGUUCCUUAACCAGAGAGCAAUAUGGUCAGAUUUUGCAGUUUUUCAAUAAGAAGUCAGAGGUUCCACAUUGUGCAAAUGUAGCAGGAACUCUUCAGUGGGAAGGUGAAGAUAAUUGGUAAAGAAGAUGGAGGAUUAUACAUUCUUUCAAGCAACAUAAAUAAAGAAGAAGUCACUUUAACUGCUAACAUUAUGUUCAUAAUGAUGAAUACACUCCAAAAGUAGAUGUUCAUUUAGUACAUCAAAGGCUUGUUCUUGUUUCUAGUUCUGUUCUUAAGACAUUGUUUAACCUAAGGUUAGCUGAUAUUAAUCAAACUGUAAGCAAGUGCACUAUAUGUCCUUGUGCUAAACAAGUUAGACAUUCUUUUCCUUCUAGCUCAUCUAGUAGCUUACAUAACUUUGACUUGUUACAUAUGGAUAUAUGGAGACCUUAUAAAAUGGCAACUUUUGAUGGAUAUAAAUAUUUCUUGACUGUUGUGGAUGA